UUCUUUUUCUAGAAGGCUCAUGAAAAAACGAAAAAAGAAAAGAAAAAUUAACAUUUUGGGCGCAAGUUCAGACUUUGUUGGUUCGAGUGGAAUCCACAGGCAGUUCUUAUACUACGACCUUUGGAAGUGAGGAAAUUUGUCCGUCUCUCAGAAAAAAAAAAUAUAUUUUUCUUUCUUGUGCGGCCGUAGCUUAGCCACCAAACCAAACACUGAGAGAGCCUAGCCUACGCCGCCAAUGGUGCUUUGUUAGUUUUCUAAACCCAAAACCCACCUCCCCUUUUCCCUCUUUCCUUGCAGCGAGAGAUUGGGUGUAUUGUAUUACAACAAUCUUCUUAUGUGUCCUCGAUGACCCUCUGCAUAAGAGCUUCAAAAGCGUUGGCCCCGACCCCUCUCUCUCUCACUCUCAAGGUACGUUUCCUCGUUCCUCUCUCUUUCUCUCUCCUCCGCAGCUGCCCUUCCUCUCUCCCCAUCUCUCCCUCUGUAACCAACUCACCCUCCGAAACCCAUUACAAACAACUCAUCUUUAACACCAUUGAAGAAAAGCCCUGGGCAUUUUGUAACACCAACUGGGUUUCCAAUCAAUUCCAUGCUCUUAUUGUUGAUCCCCAUUUGUUUAUCAAAGUUCUUAAUUUGAUUAGAGAAAAACCCAGAAUUGCUUUAAGGUUUUUUAGGUGGGUUGAGAUGCAACCUGUUGUUAAAAGAUCUGAGCUAGCGUUUUCUGUUAUGCUUGAUAUUUUGGUUGAGAAUAAUUUGAUGAAAUCAGCUUAUUGGGUCAUGGAAAGGGUCGUUACGUUUCAUAUGCAUGGUAUUGUUGACGUUUUGAUUUGUGGCUACUUGAAAUUGGAGGUUUCAGUUAAGUUACUUGAUCUUUUGUUGUUGGUUUAUUCCAAGAAAUUGAUGGUUGAUCAAUGUAUGUGGAUAUUUGAUAAGAUGGUUAGAAAUGGGUUUUUGCCAGAUGUGAAGAAUUGUAAUAGGAUUCUUAGUAUACUUAGGGAUAAAUCUCUUGUAGCUAAAGCUAUGGAAGUUUACAGGAUGAUGAAGGAAUUUGGGAUUAAGCCAACUAUUAUUACCUAUAAUACCCUGUUGGAUUCCUUUUGCAAGGAAGGGGAAGUGCAACAAUCGAUUGAGCUCUUAUCAGAAAUGCAGAGGAAACGUUGUUUUCCAAAUGAGGUGACAUAUAAUGUUUUAAUUAAUGGUUUGACAAAGAAUUGCAAAUUAGAGGAAGCCGAGGGACUUAUUAGGGAGAUGUUAAAGUUAGGGCUUAAAGUUUCUUCAUACACUUAUAAUCCUUUGAUUUGUGGGUAUUUUAAGAAAGGGUUGCUUGUUGAGGCUUUAAGCCUUGGGCAAGAGAUGGUAAAUAAAGGAGCUGCUCACACAGUGGCAACAUAUAAUACAUUGAUGUAUGGCCUUUGUACGUGGGGGAGAAUGAGUGAUGCCAGACAGCAGCUUAUUGAUAUGCUGAGGAGGAAUAUGGUACCAGAUGUUGUUUCAUAUAAUACUCUAAUUUAUGGGUAUUGUAGGAUAGGGAACAUUUGGGAAGCUUUUCUCUUGUUCGAUGAGUUAAGAUGUCGGAACCUUGUUCCUACUGUUGUUACGUACAAUACUUUGAUUGAUGGUCUAUGUAGACUGGGGGACUUGGACCUCGCUCAGCAUCUCAAGGAUACCAUGAUCACUCAAGGAAUUUUCCCUGAUGUUUUUACUUAUACGAUUUUGGUAAAUGGAUCUUGCAAGAUGGGCAAUCUAUCUGCGGCGAAGGAAUUUUUCAAUGAGAUGUUGCACAAGGGUUUGGAGCCUGAUCAUUUUGCAUACACAACUCAAAUAGUUGGUGAACUGAAGUUUGGCGAUCCUGCAAGAGCAAUUAGCUUGCAAGAGGAAAUGUUAGCUAAGGGAUUGCCUCCUGAUUUGAUCAUCUAUAAUGUUUUUGUGCAUUGGCAUUCUAAAUUGUGUGAUUUCAAAGGAGCCAGUGAAUUGUUGCAUAAGAUGAUUAGCAUUGGUCUUACUCCAGAUCAUGUAACAUAUACCACCAUCAUUCAUGCUUACCUAGAAAGUGGACAUCUAAGGAAAGCUAGAGAAAUAUUCUAUGAGAUGCAGAGCAGAGGCUUAUCUCCGUCCGUGGUAACUUACACUGUGCUAAUUCAUGCACAUGCAGCUAAUGGGUUUUUAGCAUUGGCAUUUAUGUAUUUCUCAGAGAUGCAGGAGAAGGGUAUUCUGCCAAAUGUAAUAACCUACAAUGCUAUGAUAAACGGUCUUUGCAAAAUGAAGAGAAUAGGGCAAGCUUACAAGUUUUUUGCUGAGAUGGAAGCAAAAGGAAUACUUCCUAAUAAGUAUAGCUACACCAUAUUAAUAAAUGAGAACUGUGACAUUGGCAAUUGGCAAGAGUCCUUGAGAUUGUACCAAGAAAUGCUAGAUAGAGAAGUUCUGCCUGAUUCUUGCACACACAGUGCACUCUUGAAGGAACUUGACAAAGACUGUAAUUUGCAUGCAGUUCGUUGCCUUGACAGUUUAAUUCUACAAUGUGAAGAAUCUUGUAGUGCUAUGACUUGAUAUAGGAGUUUUGGGGUACCCGUGUCAUUGGUGAGAUUGUCAAAUUCAAAUUAAAGUUAACACCGAUGAUCAUUUGUAAAUUCCCAACCGUGCAGUGAGUGGAUUAUGAAGCUGAAUGUACAGAUCUCCUUGUUAUCCUCAUCUUCUAUUUGUGGCUAACUGCAACUUGGGAGUAAUUGAGAUCAUAUGUCACAUUUGUAAAAGAGGCCAAACUAUGCUGCAAAGAGUCAAACAACAGGCAUACGGAGGAAAUUCCAUACUGUAUCAAGUUGUUAAAAAUAUUAUCUCUGAUAAAGUUAUAUUGUAUUUAUUCAUUCUUUCAACAACUUUUAGAUAGAAGAAGAGUGUGAUUGGAAGGGGGGGUCUGUUUAGUUUGACUAUUCUGUAAUUCUAUAGUGGUCAUUUAUGUUUAAUCAGGUGAAAAUUUGAUAGUCCCUUUGUUUCUCCAAAUUUUCUAUUGAUUAUAAAUCAUUAAUAAGAAGCUUUCACCUCUUUUUUAUAUGACUAU